AUGCACAAGUUAUUCACACACACACACACAAACAUUUUUUUGCUGGUAGAGGCACGUUCACCUGGAAGUGAAGAAUGGCAAUUACAAAAGUUAUUCCCUUUGCAAAAUUAUGAAGAGGAAAUAGAAAUAAAUCCUCCUGUUGAAGGAUUUACUGAUAUUAGAGUUGUACUUUGUCUUCAAACCAAUCAUUCUUGGUGUGGUGAUGAAAGAUUAGUUAGUCCUCUAAUUACUGUAGAAAAAUCCAAGGAAUCAAAACCAGCACUAUCAACAAUCAACAUUGUAAUCAUCAUUGUCAUUGCAGGCUGUGUUCUUAUCAUUUUAAUUAUUAGUGUGAUAUGUUGUUGUUGGUGUAGAAAAGGCAAAAAUGAGAAAAAGAACUAUGAAAUGGAAUCUGGAAGUGGCCAUCCAAAAACUGUCAGUGCUCCAUUUUAUUCUGAAGGACUCAAUAAAAGUAUUGAAAAUAAUCUAGAUCUUAAACCAAACAUAUAUAUGAGUAAUAUUGUGGAUGGUACUCCUGGAUCAUUGAAUAGCCAUAUGAUGCAACAAUCUAAUAAUG